UGUAGUGGGCUCUCUGGGCACUCUUUAUUGCUGAGAGAAUAGAGAGUUCUUUGGGGCCUGGCUGGGACCUUGAUAAGGAACAGUGAGGUUCUACAGCUGUUAACCUGAGCUUGGUUGACUCCAGGACCCCUCACUCAUAAACACUGAGGUUUGGGCCUUGGGACAAGUUCUGACUUGGGUUCCUGGCCGGGAAGUUCCCCUGAUUCACAAUCCUUCCUGACAUCCUGCCCUGGAGUAAUUUGAUCCGCAGGCUUUUUAGAUCCCCGCCUCUCUGAACCCAGACCAGUUUCAUCAAGCCAAAAUUCAGGAAAAGGAAACUUCUGAGAAACCGAAACUGCUGGAGAAAGGGCAGACCCACAGAGCUCUCCAUCCUUUGCUCUUCGCUGCUGCUUUUGCUCGGCACCAUGAACCACACUUCUCAAUCCUUCAUUACCACUGCCAGUGGGGGACAGCCCCCAAACUAUGAAAGAAUCAAGGAAGAAUAUGAGGUGGCUGAGCUGGGGGCACCGCAUGGAUCGGCUUCUGUCAGAACCACUGUGAUCAACAUGCCCAGAGAGGUCUCUGUGCCUGACCAUGUGGUCUGGUCCCUGUUCAAUACACUCUUCAUGAACUUCUGCUGCCUGGGCUUCAUCGCCUAUGCCUACUCUGUGAAGUCUAGGGACCGGAAGAUGGUGGGUGAUGUGACUGGAGCCCAGGCCUACGCCUCCACUGCCAAGUGCCUGAACAUCAGCACCCUGGUCCUCAGUAUCCUCAUGGUUGUUAUCACAAUUGUUGUCGCCGUCAUCAUUGCUCUGAACGCUCGUAAUCUUUAGACUUAGUUGAGGCUUCUGGCUCCUGGUCCUGAUGUGCUUCACCAUCCGCAGCUGCAUCCCUCCUUGCCCUUUUGCCCCUCCCUACACGCAGGUGUAACACUCAUUUAUCUAAUCCACCGUGGAUUCAAUAAAGUUCACUUGAUUGCCACCA